AGCACGGGUCACCUGUAGGACUGCUUGUCAGAGGUACACCCAGGAACACAGCUGAUGCACUGGAAUGGUGUCUGCAGACAGGUGGUGUCCAUGAGAGGUAUGCAAGCCUUCAGGGUACCAGAGGUCCACAGAGUAGUUGGUUCAAAGCCAAGGUCAGAUGCCAGGUCGACAUUGGAGCAGACAUAGUCAAUAGAUAGCUGGGGUCAUGCACAGGAGAACAAGUGAGAAUAUCUAUUAGUCAAACCGAGGUCAGAUCAGGAGAGCAGGUGAGAACAUCUAUUAG